ACGAGGAAGAAGUCGUCCACCUCUCGUUUCUUCCGGACGGCCAUUGCACCACGUUUUAUUCUAAACUUUUGCAAUUUACUGGUUGCGAUGUUUCAUAUUUUACAAGAGUGACAUCGUGUAACAUAUAUAGUCAGAUUAAUGUAGCUCAUAGAGACUCACUGAGCAAACUAAGCGGCAGCAUUCAGUCAUGGAGGAGGUGGAGACACCAGAGGAGCUACUGAUAAAGCAGCACCGCAAAGAGAAGAAGGACCUGCAGGCUAAAAUCCAGAGUAUGAAGAAUGCUGUCCCCAAAAAUGACAAGAAAAGAAGGAAACAGUUGACAGAAGAGAUUACAAAGCUGGAGGCAGACCUCACUCAGAAACACGAUGAGGAAUUACAGCAGCUCAAAUCUACUACUGACACAAAGGUGGAGGAGGUGGUAAAUGGAGUGGAGACAAUGAAGGUGGAUGGUAGAGAAGAAGAAGAAGAAGAGGUCAAGCAACCACGAGUAACCAAAGCACAGAAGAGAAGGGACAAGAAAGCUGCUCAGGAGAAGGAGAGAGAGGUCCGGAUAGCAGAGGCUGAAGUGUUAAACUUGCAGGGCGUCAGGCACCAGGAGGGUUUGAAGCUGGCUCAGAAACUCGCCCAGCAAAAGCUGCAAAUUAAGGAGAUCCCAUCUGACGGUCACUGCAUGUACCGUGCUGUUGAAGAUCAGCUGGCACAGAGAUCAAAGUCUGGGUUAACCAUGACUGUGAAGGAACUGAGGUCCCGCAUUGCUGAACACAUGAGAAGCCAUGCCGAUGACUUCCUGCCUUUCCUCACCAACUCUACCACUGGUGAAAUGUUCACAUCAGAUGAGUUUGAGAAAUACUGCAGGGAUGUGGAGCACACAGCAGCUUGGGGAGGACAGCUGGAACUUCAAGCUUUGACCCAGGUCCUCCAUUUGCCAAUAGAAGUGAUCCAGGCUGAAUCUCCUACUAUAAAAAUAGGCGUGGAACAUGACAGUGAACCUAUCACUCUUGUAUAUAUGCGUCAUGCCUAUGGUCUAGGAGAGCACUACAAUAGUGUGGAGCAGCUCAAGGAUCCAGUCAGUGUUGACGACAGCUGAGAGAGACUGUGCAGCUUUUAUGUGACAUAAAUAAAUGUGUUCUUAGCUCCAACAUAAAGCACUAUUAAAGAUCAGCUCAUAUGGAGGGAGACAUUGUUAAGCCUGGGGGUGCAGUAAAUAUUUUUAAAACUAAACCACAUGUGUAGGAGAGACCUGCAAGUUGGUUAAUAAUGCUGAUUACUUAUGUCAUCCAGAAUUACAGCAUGGUUAAUUAAAAUUUGAUGUGUUCUUAGAACCAAUCAAGAAUUUGUUUGACUUGUAAAUCAUAUCAGUUUUACAUAAUGCAUAUAUGAUGUAUAAUGGCUUACAUAUGGGCUUUAUUCAGACCUGAAACCUCAGAGAUGUGAAGUCCUGUUGUCUGUUAGGAUUUUUUGUCUUUUUCUUUUUGUUUUCCUUAAAUAAAAAAAGAAACCAAAAGCACAACUUUUUUUUUAGUUUAAAGGUGCUCAAAACUGUUUGUAUCCCCAGAUGUGUUUGACACGAGUUGCAUCCAGAACUACACAUAAAACAGCUCUUAAACCAUCAGCCCUACAAUAAAUUAGGUAUUUAGAUUUACCAAGGAAUUUUUAUUUAAACUGGAAAAUUAACCGGGGUGACUUUAUUUUUCAAAGAACCACCCAAAAACCUUCUGAAUGUUAAGUUACCAGAAUUUUUUUUAUCUUUUCGAUUCAGUGGUGUUUCUACUGAGAAUUUGACGAAGCAGUCUUAAACUGCCAAUUGAUUUAACUUGAAUGUUUAUAGACUUUAUUCUUAGUGCAAUACCAUUUUAUUUCUAUAUCACUUUAAAAACGACAUGAAUCUGAUCAAAGUGCUGUACAAUAAAAGUAAGGACAAAAGAAGUGAAGACAUAAAGGUCAUGACUUUCAGGCCAUGUAACAGACAGAGAUGAGAAACAUGAGGAAAAAAAGACAAAAAGAUGAAUCAAAACAAAAAAAUAAAAAUAAAGA